AUGAGUUCUCCGGGAGGAAGAGGCAGCAGAAAGAAGCGAGGCCCUGCAGGGUCCCCGCCCGACGGAGGGGACACCUGCGACCAGGUGUCACUACAUAAACGAAAUUUGUACUACUUCUCCUACCCACUGCUGGCGUUGUUUGCAGUGCUCCGUGUCCUCGUCUUGCAUUUUGGCGUACUCUUCGCCUGGCUUUGCGAGCGGCUGUCUCGUGCUAUGGCUGCGAGACCCAAACAACGGGCAGCAGACGAGCAUGUGAUCAAGGUGUGCGAGCAGGACAGCGGCGAGCAGAUCCGAAACCACCACAAACAAGCAUUCGAGUACAUCUCAGUGGCUCUGAGAAUUGACGAGGAUGACAAAGGUAUGGUAUUUGCAGCAGCACCACUGACUGUUGGCUAGCUGGGCUUAGCUUUAGUCACUUUACCUCUACCCACAUGUACAUAUUACCUCGACUAACCUGUGCCCCCGCACAUUGACUCUGUACCGGUAGCCCCUGUAUAUAGCCUCGCUACUGUUAUUUUACUGCUGCUCUUUAAUGAUUUAUAAUUUUUCUUAUAUAUAUAUAUAUUAUUUUUUUACUUAACACUUAUUUUUCUUAACUGCAUUGUUGGUUAAGGGCUUGUAAGCAUUUCACGGUAAGGUCUACCUACACCUGUUUUAUUCAGCGCAUGUGACAAAUACAAUUUGAUUUGAUUUAACAGCAGUUGUCAAGUUAUCAACUGUUAUACACCCAUGUGUGGAUAAUGCAAACAAAGAUACUACUGUCAAUACAGAUUGAAACAACUGGUUCAAUUUAACUAGGCCUAUAGCUUCAAACACAGGCUCUGUACCCAAACAGCAAAGCAAUGGAGCAUGUCAACAUAUUAUGAUGUUCUAAAUGCAAACCAGGAAGUACAGAAAGAGAGGUCUGUUUUCUUACUAGUUCAAGUUGUGAUUUUCUGCAUGAUGAAAGGUGUGGUGCUGAAGUGUUGAUCCCUGACAUGUUGUGUAUUUAUGGGGCUUUCCAUAGAAACCGCACAUCGUUUUUAUAAAGUCAUCAUGCAGACAAAGAGAGAAAAGUUGUUCUGUCAAUGACAUUCAGUCUGCAAUCACAUACCGAUAUUAGCUUAUUGGACUACAGAUGCAUAUCUGUCCAUUAUACCACCACACUAUUACUACAAUAGCUUACUGUUGAGCUGGUUGACAGAGUUAUGCAGACUGUUCAAUAUGGCUAGGAGAAUGUGUCUUCCUACUCAAGCUAGGUCUCAGACUGGCUGAAUGCAGUCAGGCAUAUGGUAGGCCCAGGGGCGAAAGGGGCCAAUAUGUUAGCGGCUAAGUGCGGGGGACAGCCACCAGUAGACCCAGCCCACUAUUCGCUGCUUUUUUUUAAAUCGUUGAUGAUCUAGUCUAACUAGCCUGCAUAAAUUAAGGUGCCAAUGAAUAUUUUACAGUUAGUUAAAAAAGGAAAAUAAGAAAGAUGGGCAAUAGUCUGUGGAUAUGCAAAAACCAGCAAAUAAGUAUGGUUGGUCCUCCUUCGUACCACCGUGUUUUGGAAACCAGGACGGUUCACAUUCCCAAUAUACUGUUCACAUACACAGUAGCCUAUACAAUACAACAGCAGAGCUACUGCCUAUCUGCAUGUGCCUUGCUCCAAUCUGUGUGAUCCCAGGGGAUCAAUAGACAUGUGCUGGGAUGAUGUGAGCCGACAUUAAUUGGUAUCGUCAGCAGGGUGGAAAAUGCCAUCCGAUUCCCUCUCCUCUCAGAGUUGGCCGUGUCAUCAUGCAUGGGUGAACAGAAUGGAUCAAGUUCCUUCGUGACUAUUUACAAUGUUCCAAUGUACUGUAACUGGGGUGUAAUCAUUAGUCCAAACAGCUGGAAAAAGGAAGGUUUUGCAACUAAAACAAUAAUUUCUAUUGGACAAAUUCAGGUAGGUCCCUCCCCGUUCCGUUUGUUUGCGUUUAAGAAACUCCUCCCCUCAAUACACAGGGGCCGGAGCACAUAGGAAAACAGGCUACAGUCAGUGGGGCAUCUUGCUAUGUUUUGAAAGGCCUAGGCUGUACUUUCGUGAAGUUGGUGAGUUUGGUUAGUUAGACCCGCGUUUUCAAUGCACACACCCAAAAUCUAUUGAUUAUGUUUCUCCCAGACUCCUAGGUCUGUCAUAAGCUAACCUCGUCCCCAAGCUAUUGAGCACAGCAGUGUCUUGAGUCAGGCUAUAGAUAAGCCAAACCCUUACCGUGCUGAAGGCAGAAUUUUAAGACAUCUGAUCAUCUGCUUUAGCGUAGUAGUUGGAGUAAAGCAGAGUCCAGCCUAAUCUUCCAGCCCUGGAAACCCCCUACAUCUGCAUCCUCGUCUUCUCUGCCAAUGUUCGAUUGACCUACUGAACUGGCUGGAGCGACGUGCCAAGGGGCUUACUGUACUCUACCGCUAUACUGUACAUCCUCAGGUUUAGCCUACUGCACACAGUCACACCAGUCCCAAACCAUUGCAUAUAUUCAGGGGUUGACUGUAUAUUGUAUAUUUCUACCACUCAGUGUUUUUUUUUCGAGUAGGCCUAUACUGCAGUGUUGGAAGCCUCUUGUGCUCUUUUCCAACUAGGCCACUCCCAUAUCAGACAUCCAGUUUCCCUGUGUAGCACCAUUGUGAUGGCAUGGGGAGAGAAAAUGGUUUUGGGAUCACGGAACAAAGGGCCCGAUUCAACCGAGGGCCUUGGACUCUUUUGUGAGGCUUUUGUACGCUUAGCUCUCCCUCUGCCGUCACUUUGAACAUGAGUCCCCCAGUAUGCCGCACUGUUGGCCCACAUCUUUUGAAACAAACGACUUGUGUUAUUGAAAUCUAGGUUUGUUGGUUUGUCUCACUGAAAGAUGGGGCAUUCCCAGUCCCUGUCUUGGUCUAUCUAAAUGUCCUACUUUGUUUUUACCAUGGUUGGACUUUAGCUUAUACAUGGAAUUAGAUCUGGAAUCUUUUCAUAUCUUAUCAUGAGUCAUGACCUUUUCAAUGAAGGCUAAGCUUAUAUCACAUCCAUCUAUUUAUUAGCAAUAAAAGGCUCUGGCCUGUAUCAUGCCCCUAAGUAACCUAAAUCUGUAGAGAUGAGUGGUGAUUUGAAGUGAAAGUCGAAAAUCCAUCUGAAUUAUUUAUUUAUAUAUUGACAUGGGGAGGGCCGGAGUGGCAGCUAUCAUUGUCCUUAAAUGGCUAGAGGAUACCAUGACAGUUCUCAUAUUGCUAAGAUCCUAAUAGAAGCAAUACAUAGGCCACAGCAGCGUCUUGUUCAUCAGGGCAUGCAACUUAAUAAAAAACCAAAACAUUUUGCAAUGGAAAAACUAAAAUCAGCGAUUCUUAUUCGACAAUUCCUCCCUGUUUCAGCCUGUUUUCUCAUUUUAGUGCCUAAUGAACACAACUCAACUGAACCCAGUUGAAUUUUAGGGCCUGUCUGACUGCCUUGGGGAUUAGGGAGCCCCGGUCUCAAAAAUACUCAGAAUCACUCAUGAGGAGUGGAUAUCCUGUAUAUUCUCACAGCUAUGAAAAUCAGUCCCAUGACUUGACACUGCUCCAGGCCAGGGGAGUUUAAGAGACUGGGUCAGUCAUGUGAAAUGAUUAAUUAUAGUUCACUUCAUUAUGGUUUACACACUGAUUGAUCCAUGAAUCUCUGUAGCUUUGUUUGAGGUCAUGACUGUCUGUUAUGCCACGCAAAUGUCUGUUUUUACUAUACUUCCCAUGCCUCUUGAGAUGCUAUACCUUUAGGCAAUACAUAAACAUGUAAAAUAUGUGGCCUAAAACAUGAAGGCCUAAUGCAUGGCAAAUAUGUAUUGUAGACUAAAGGAUGCUUAGCCUACUGCAAAAGUACUAAAUAGCCUAUCUCAUGCUUUUACAUUGGCUUUUGUUGGAUCUUAUUUGACUGUGAGCAAUUUCUUUGUGUGUACUCUAACCUCAAAAUGCUAUUUUUCUGGGCCUGUCUGACUGUCCCGACCUUGUGGCUUGUGUGUUAUUAGUGCACAAGGAGCAGGCAGUCCAGUGGUACAAACGCGGAAUCGCAGAGCUCGAGAGGGGCAUCGCGAUCGAGGUAGCUGAAAGCGGUGAGUUGACUGUGCAUACUUUGCUGUAUUUUGUAUUUCCUAGGACCUAUAGUGCAGAUUUCUUCAACAACUCUGGAGAGCUAGUGAUAUGCAGGGUUUUGUUUCAGCCUAGCACUAACACACAUUGUUCAGCUCAGUGGUCCUGAUUUGAAACAGCUAGUGUGUGGCUGCUGGGCUGGAACAAAAACCUGCAUACCCAGUAGCUCUAGGACCGGAGUUGGAGACCUCUUCUAUAGCAACAAAAAAAAAGUGUAAAAAAAUGACAAACUGCUAUUUUACUUAUUGAUUUGUUUUUAAUCUCUCUUCUCUUCCAGGCGAGAAAUGUGAACGUGAUAAACGUCUACAGGCCAAGAUGAUCACCAAUCUGAUCAUGGCAAAGGAUCGCCUGGAGCUUUUAGGUGAGAAUCGAGCAUUUGGAAAUUUUUUGAAUGUCUUGCCUCCGCGUCCGCAUUGAUACCGCAUGGCACCUUCUGACCGGCUACAUGCGUGUUGAAUGCGUGGCAGGACAUUGUUUGAUUGUGUGACAUAAUGUUUGAUUGUGUGACAUUUGUUGCUUUUCAUGAUAGCUUAGAUACAGUAUGUCUGUUAGCUUUGUAUGGAGGGAUUUCAGUGCCAAUGGAAAUUGUAUUUGAAUUCCAUAAUUUUGAAUUUGUAUAAGGAUAUUGAAUUUGAAUUAAAUAUUUUUGAAUUUGUAAUGCACAAAUUGAAUCAUUGAAUUCAUAAAUUGAACUUGUAUUUCAGGAUUUGAAACUGAAUUGAAUGAAUAUUGCAUUCAGUUUUAAAAUUCAAUUUCAAUUUGAUUGAAUAUUAAAUAUUUUAAUCCAUUUCUAAUUGUCACAUGCUUCGUAUACAGGUGUAGACUAACAGUGAAACGCUUACUUACGGGCCCUUUCCACCAAUGCAGAAUACAAUAAAAAAAUGUUAUAAUGAUAGGAUUUUGUUUUGUAAACGAGGAAUAAAUACACAAUGAGCAAUGAUAGCUUGGCAUAUACGUGGGGUACCGAGUCCAUGUACAGGGUUACGAGGAAAUAGAGGUAGAUAGUGUAUGUACAUAUAGGUUUGGGUAAGGUGACUUGGCAACAGGAUAGAUAAUAGACAGUAGCAGCAGCGUAUGUGAUGUGUGUGUGUGUGUGUGUGGCGAAUGUGUGUACGUGUUAUGUGUGAGGUGAGUGUGUGUGUGUGUGUGUGUGUGUUGGAGUGUCAGUGUAAGUACUGUAUGUGUGAGUGUGUGGGUAGAGUCCAGUGUGUAUGCAUAGAGUCAAAGUUAGUGCAAAAAGGGUCAAUGCAGAUAGUCUGGGUAGCUAUUUGGUUAACUAUUUAGCAGUCUUAUGGCUAGGGGGUAGAAGCUGCAGGAGCCUUUUGGUCCCAGACUUAGCGCUCCGGUACCGUUUGACGUGUGGUAGCAGAGAGAACAGUCUAUGACUUGGGGGCUGGAGUCUUUGACCAUUUUUAGGGCCUUCCUUUGACACCGCCUGGUAUAGAGGUCCUGGAUGGCAGAGAGUUUGACCCCAGUGAUGUACUGGGCCGUACGCACUACCCUCUGUAGCGCCUUGCCGUCCAUGCCAAAUCUUUUCAGCCUCCUGAGGGGGAAGAGGUUGUCGUGCCCUCUUCACGACUGUGUUGGUGUGUGUGGACCAUGAUAGGUCCUUAGUGAUGUGGACACUGAGAAACUUGAAGCUCACGACCCGCUCCGUUACAGCCUUGUUGAUGUGAAUGGGGGCGUGUUUGGCCCUCUGUUUCCUGUAGUCCACGAUAAGAUCCUUUGUUUUGCCCACAUUGAGGGAGAGGUUGUUGUCCUACCUUCAGGCUCUGAUCAGUCCCUACACACAAACGAGGGCAUUGCGUUCAUCCACCUCUGGCCUGCUGGCCCCCCUACACCUGCGGAAGCACAGUUCCCACUCAGCCCAGUCAAAACUGUUCGCUGCUCUGGCACCCCAAUGGUGGAACAAGCUCCCUCACGACGCCAGGACAGCGGAGUCACUCACCACCUUCCGGAGACACUUGAAACCUCACAUCUUUAAGGAAUACCUGGGAUAGGAUAAAAGUAAUCCUUCUACCCUCCCCCUACCCCACCCUCCCCCCCCAAAAUGUUUUGUUGAUAUAUUGUAAAGUGGUUGUCCCACUGGCUAUCAUAAGGUGAAUGCACCAAUUUGUAAGUCGCUCUGGAUAAGAGCGUCUGCUAAAUGACGAAAAUUUAAUGAAAAUUUAAUGAAAAUGUAAAUGUAGCACCACACUGCCAGGUCUCUGACUUACGCCCUAUAAACUGUCUCAUCGUUGUUGGUGAUCAGGCCCACCACCGUUGUCUGUGGAUUAAUCAUUGGAGUGACAUUUAUAUAUAUAUAUUUUGGGCUCUGUAUUCAAGCAUGUUGGAUUUGAAAUGAUACAGUGAUGGAGGUUAAAGUGCAGACUGUCAGCUUUAAUUUGAGGGUAUUUUCAUCCAUAUUGGGUGAACCGUUUAGAAAUGAUAGCACCUUUUCUACAUAGUCCCCCUAUUUAAGGGGACCAAAUGUAUUGGGACAAAUUAACUUAUGUGUAUUAAAGGAGUACAACAUUUGUAUUUGGUCCCAUAUUCAAAGCACACAAUGACUAUAGCAAGCUUGUGACUCUACAAACUUGUUGAAUGCAUUUGCUGUUUGUUUUGGUUGUGUUUCAGAUUAUUUUGUGCCCAAUAGAAAUGAAUGGUAAAUAAUGUAUUGUCAUUUUGGAGUCACUUUUAUUGUAAAUAAGAAUAUAAUAUGUUUCUAAACACUUCUACAUUAAUGUGGAUGCUACCAUGAUUACGGAUAAUUCAGAAUGAAUCGUGAAUAUUGAUGAGUGAGAAAGAUGGAGGCAGAAAUAUCAUGUAUUCUAUUCUUAUUUACAAUAAAAGUGACUCUAAAAUGACAUCCACAAGGUAAAAGUGACUCCAAAAUGACAUUCUCAAGGGAAUAUCUUAAAGCCCAAACGGUUAAAACGCUAGAGCCAAAUUCAUAGGAAGAAAAUAAAUUAAACAUGCCACACUGGCUUUAGAAACCACCAGACGCUUCUAUUUUCCACAGAGAGCGUUUGAUUCUAUCUGUUCUCCUCUACCAUUCCUGGCUGGUAAAGUACCAUUAUGUUGUCUCUGGUUUUGAAUCUUAAUUUAGAGGGCUGAAUAAAAAAAAUUGAAUCUGAAUGCAUCUGAGAAGUUGAAUAUCGGAAACUUUGAUAAACUUGAAAUGAUAGUUUGAAAACUUGAUAUACAAGACAAUGAAUGCAAUAUUUACCACAUUGAAACUUAAUGUAUAGAUAUUGAAUUUGAAUAUUCAAUUGAAAUUGAAAUGUACAAUUAUUCAUUCAGUUUGUGGAUUACAAAUUCAAAAUGAUUGAACUGAAAUUGAAUAUCCAAAUACAAAUUCAAAAUUAUGGAUUUCAAAAACAUUUGCUGUUGGCACAGAAAUCGUUCCAUAGCUUUGUAUCUCUUGGAGAAAAAAAUAAACGUGUAGGGCCUGUAUACACUGAGUGUACAAAACAUUUCCAUGACAUAGACUGACCAGGUGAAUCUGGUGAAAGCUAUGAUCCCUUAUUGAUGUCAUCUGUUAAAUCCACUUCAGUCAGUGUAGAUGGAGGGAGGAGACAGGUUAAAGAAGGAUUUUUCAGAGAGACAUGGAUUGUGUAUGUGUGCCGUUCAGAGAGUGAAUGGGCAAGACAAAAUAUUUAAGUGCCUUUGAACGGUGUAUGGUAGUAGGUGCCAGGCACACAGGUUUGAGUGUGUCAAGAACUGCAACGCUGCUGGGUUUUUCACACUCAACAGUUUCCCGUGUAUAUCAAGAAUGGUCCACCACCCAAGGGACAUCCAGCCAACUUGACACAAUUGUGAAUUGAUGAAUUGAGGCUGUUGUGAGGGCAAAAGGGUGUGCAACUCAUAGUAUAGUUCUCAUACAUACUUUUUGUAUUGACAUCACUUGACUUCCAAACUACAAUGUACUUUAUGUACCAAAAGGGAUUAGGCCAUAAAUACUCCAGUGCCUUUUUAUUAAACACACAAUGGACCCCCCCCCCAAAAAAUAAAUAAAUAAUGUAAUCCUUUAAAUGACAUAAUUAGUAAGUUAUGGUAUAAAUCCACUCAGUGGUCCCCCAAAGCUGUUUCAGAAGCUUCUCGUCAUUCCACAGCUGGCUGCAACAUUAUCCUGAGUCAUGUUCAUUAGGCACCAAACCUAAGAUAACAAACCUAGACUUGUCCAAUAAGAAACACUCAUUUUCCUUUUGCGUUGCAGAAUGUUUUAAAACAUUUCCCUAAUGAACACGACCCUACUCUUUGUGUUUGAUUCGUCCUGGUUAGAAAUGGCUGCUAUGUUUGGCUUUGCUGCCUAAGAAACUGAAAUGUUGACAAUCCUCUCUGUCCUACCCUAUAUGCCUCAUUCUUGGAUGUGGCAUGACAACUUAACUUAGGAACCAUCCCAAAACAUUGCUGUUCAUCCCCCAUUCAAAGAAUCCUGGCAUGGCACCCCUUAUUUUAUUUGUUUAUUUUAAGUAUAAUUUCCUUUUCUUCUUUUCCCUCCCUUCUCCGAUUCUCCUAUCCCCUUUCCCAACCUCGUUUUGUUGUUGUCGUUGUCAUUCCUGUUGUGUAGCAAAGCUGCGUUCAGGGCCAGCUCAGAGAGACAUCUAUACAGAGAGCUCAAACCAGUCGUACCAUAACGGGCAUCUACGCUCAGGUGGGUGCUACCGGGAAUCUGCUUUCAGGUGUCAUGACUGGGUUCUUAAAAGUGUUUUCAGGGGUGUCAAUUGUUCCUGAUUAUUCAGGAAUUCCAGUUUUUCUGGCUUUAUUCUCUUCAUACAUCAUUGAAAUUGAUCUACCUCCAAACCAAUAUCCUACUUUUCCUGACUUUUCCUGGUUUUUCCAUUUAAUCUUUGAAUGCCUAUGGUACAGUAAGCUCCCUUCAAGUUAAGUGUUACAUAUCUAUUUUACUCUUUCUGCUGCUUUGUCUGUGUAUUUAUCAAUAUGUUCUUCACACUGACACUGAUAGCUACCUCAAACUACAGUCAUAUUUCUCUCACAUAGAAACACUGGCAGGUGUUUAUCCAGCUUUGUCCAGUGACUACAUGGACUUGAAGUCUGUUUGACCUGUUCAGAUUCACGCAGUCUAAGACUAAAUCAGGCUUGGAGAAUCAUAUGCCUCUACUGAAGGGACAUUAGCUCACACACAGCUUAAUUAAAUGUCCUAACCUACCAUACUGAUAAAUAAUCGAUCAUUUACCUCGAUGGUUCUAAAUGUCUCCUUGCUCUUGGCAGUAAAUGGAGCCGUACCCAAAAAGAGGGACUCCCUGACUACUCACUCCAGUCACUCCCUCCCACGACCAAAGCAUACGCCAAAAAACCCCUUGACGGCAGGCCACAGGGGCCACCAGCACUCCCCCAGCUUCAGUGGGCCCUCUAGCAGUCACACACAGCACAGACCGGCCCCCCAGUCCAACAGCAACAAGGUGAGACCCAGAUUGUAUUUCCUCAACUAACUCCACAUCUAGCCAAGAGUCCAGGGCCCAUAUUGAUAGUGUAUCAGAGUAGGAAUUCUGAUCUAGGAUCAGUUCCUCCCUGUCCAUGUAAUCUUAUUCAUUAUGCUCUAAAAGGAAUAGCUAGACUAGCACCAUAGCCAUGGACUAUAAAGGAGCUGGAAUAAAAAACGUAAUGCUAAUAGAACAUCUCCAGACUAUAUCCAUUUUUAAUGAAGGGAAGACAAAAUUGACAAAAAUAAGAAGAAAAUGGGAGAAUUUCCAAUCAUCAUUCCAAGAGAUUAGCUUGUUUAAAAUCGUAACCAAAUCUGAAGUCAUUGUUCUUUUGUUGUAGGGUAAAGUGGGCAACCGGCCAAACUGUAAACCCACCACUCCCACAUCCAUGUCCCCACUGAAGAAGAGGGACGUGAAGAACUUGAAGAAUGUGGACAGCAAGCUUGCCAACCUCAUCCUCAGUGAGAUCAUAGACAGGUGAGAGACAAUGAUCAGUCUUAUGUAUUAUUCACUGGACGUAAAGCAUGUGCUUUGCAAGGUGUCUCAGUUUGGAACACAAUAGACGUUGACUGCUUGACCUGGGUCGUGUUCAAUAGGGCACACCGAUGCAACACUUUUUAUAACGUUCUGACAUGGAAAAGUCCAGCCUGCCUGUUUCAGUCCAUCUUUGCUGCCUAAUGAACACAACCCAGGCAGAGUUGAGUAUGUCUAUAUUUCUGUAUGGGAAUGAGCACUCAGACCAGUCUCGUGUGUGUUUCAGUGGCUCAUCAGUGAGGUUCGAGGACGUUGCUGGUCAGGAGCUGGCUAAGCAGGCCCUACAGGAAAUAGUCAUCCUGCCUGCACUGAGGCCAGAGGUGAGAUUAGAGCGGAACAGCAACUCAAUGGAUCAUGGAGUGAUGUGAAUAUGGAAGUAUUUUCACAGGCUGCCUCUUACAAAGUAUCACCUGUCAGUAACGUCGUCAGUAAAACAUUUGAGCAGCAACUGUUCAUGUGGGCAGUCCUAACAUAAUGGUCUGUAUUUUUUUAUUUAACCUUUAUUUAACUAGGCAUGUCAGUUAAGAACAAAUUCUUAUUUACAAUGACGGCCUACAAAAGCGUCUCAGAGUAGGAGUGCUGAUCUUGGAUCCGUUUAGGCUUUUAGAUCAUAAUGAAUAAGAGGGGGAUCCGUGGUACGAGCAAAUGUGUUCAAGCUUCAUAGGAGAGCCUAUUUUGCUGUUCACCUUGGAAUUUUUAUAUUGGAGCACCAGUGUACCUAAAAAAAUAAUCAGCCAGAUAAUAAUUGUUGUAAUGAUUAGGCUUCACUGUACCAAUGUUUCCGUGUGCCAUAGAGAAAAAAAACAGUGCUUUCGGUUGCACAAUUACUACAGAGAAAACCGCUUGUCUCUAGCCCAAACUGUUCAAAAGUUGUGACCAUAUUACCGGCACUACAUUUAUUUCCUUCUAUUGCACUUUGGCGCUGCAGCUGGAUGCAUCUCCAUUGGCGGGCCGCAUUUUACAUUCAUAAACCAUGUCACGAGCCAUUCUAAAACUAUUCGCGGGCCAUUAACGCCUUGUUCAGUCAUGUUACGACAACAGUGGUAGGCUUGAUUACCAACAAUGACGAGACCGCCUACAGGGAAAAGGUGAGAGCCCUGGCAGAGUGGUGCCAGGAAAAAUCGAUUGGGUCGCAGUGGAGUGGGUCAAAAGCUUCAAGUUCCUCGGCACUGACAACCUGAAAUGGUCCCUUCACACAGACAGCGUGGGGAAGAAGGCGCAACAGUGCCUCUUCAACCUCAGGAGGCUGAAGAUAUUCGGCUUGGCCCCUAGGACCCUCACAAACUUCUACAGAUGGACCAUUGAGAGCAUCCUGUCGGGCUGUAUCACUGCCUGGUACGGCAAUUGCACCAUUCGCAGGGCUCUCCAGAGGGUGAGCGAUGAGCCCAACGCAUCACCGGGGGCACACUGCCUGCCCUCCAGGACAUCUACAGCACCUGGUGUCACAGAAAGGCCAAGAAGAUCAUCAAGGACCUUAGCCACCCGAGCUACGGCCUGUUCACCCCGCUACCAUCUAGAAAGCAGAGACCGUACAGGUGCAUCAAAGCUGGGGCCGAGAGACUGGAAAAACAUGUUCAAUCUCCAGGCCAUCAGACUGUUAAACAGUCACCACUAGCCAGCCUCUGCCCAGUACUCUGCCCUGAACCUCUCUAGCCGGCUAUCACCUGGUACUCAACCCUGCACCUUAGACUACUGCUCUAUGUACAUAGUCAUUGAACACUGGUCACUUUAAUAAUGUUUACGUACUGUUUUACCCACUUUAUACUGUGUAUAUAUACAGUAAAUGUUCAAUCAGUAAUUUUGAACUUCAGGACUAUGUACUAUGUGUAUAAGUGCUGAGUAGAUGUUUUUUUUCUUCCAGUUGUUUACAGGCUUGAGGGCUCCAGCACGAGGCCUUCUCCUCUUCGGUCCUCCUGGCAACGGAAAGACCAUGCUGGUGAGUGUGGUUCAGUACCAUUUGGUAUUGGCAAGAGACCGAAUGAGAAAUGACUAGUUGGAGUGGGUCUUGGUUAGGCUCACAAAGACCACAAGUGAUCAUGAAAUAGAUUAACAAUUUUCAUAGAAAAACGAUACAUUUGUAUUGUAAAAUCUUUAUAAUAGAAGACUAAUAUAAUACUUAUAAUAUAGACAAUGGACAGAGUCCUUUCACUGGAUUUGCUUGUUUUGACAUCCUCUAACUGUGAGAUGCUUUGUUCAAGAGUAGAGUUGGUUUAGGGCUAAUAAGUACUUUAUGUUUUUACAUGGUGGUACUUUUACUGCAGAGUACUAUGACCGAUGACACAGAAUGUAUGGCUAAAUAUUUUGUGUUUUUCUGUCAUCCAAAAUUGCAUUAUCCAUCAUGAAUGUAGUUUAGCCAUAAUUAAUGAACUCAAUCUCCCAAAAUGUGUCUGAACUGCAUUAAAAACAAAUGGUGAUUCUAUAGAGCAGGAAUAUGGGUAUGCUAUAAUCAAAUUUAAAACAAAGUGAACCAAAAAAAAACGUGAAUAUAAGGAUUAUAGAGCAUUUAGUUGAAAAUAUCUCAAAAUAAGGAUAAUGUUCUGCAUUUUACAUUUUACCUCUUAUUUUUUACUGAUAGGCUAAAGCAGUGGCCAUGGAGUCCAACGCCACGUUCUUCAACAUAAGUGCUGCCAGCUUGACCUCGAAAUAUGUGAGUACAUUAUUAGCGGAACGAUCUCUUUACACUUUAAUUUUUUAGUUAUUUAGCAGAUGCUCUUAUCCAGUGCGACUUAGUCAGUGCGUUCAACUGAGUUUAGUAGAAAAACAUAUAUCAGUCAUUUCAAGUAGACCCUUGUAGAAAAAGAGUAAACUCGCUAUUCAGAGUAAACUCGCUAUUCAGAGUAAACUCGCUAUUCAGAGUAAACUCGCUAUUCAGAGUAAACUCGCUAUUCAGAGUAAACUCGCUAUUCAGAGUAAACUUGCUAUUCUUUUGGUCUUUCCCUGUAGGUGGGGGAGGGAGAGAAGCUGGUGCGAGCUCUGUUUGCCGUCGCCAGAGAACUGCAACCCUCGAUCAUCUUCAUAGGUAACUUUGACUUUGUUAGAUAAACCAAGAAGAAUACGUAACUGCAAUGAACUGGUCAAGGAAGCACAUAACGAUAAUGUUUCAUUACCUGCAAUCUAAUAAUAAGCACAGAUAUUCUAUGCAAGAAAGUUGCAUUAUAGCAUGUUGGGAAGAAUUUUCUAUUUAAUAACUGAUGGAAACAGAGAGUGCGACUAUGCAUAGACUACUAGGAUAAUGGGACCCUUCCAUUCAGAUUGUGACUACUUACCCCACACAGAUGAGAUCGACAGCCUACUCUGUGAGAGAAGAGAGGGAGAACAUGAUGCCAGCAGACGUCUGAAGACCGAGUUCUUGAUUGAAUUUGAUGGGGUAAGGAGGUCUCCCCCGUGUGUGUUUCUACGCCUGCACACGUGUGUUCCAGUGUUAAUUUUGUCAACUGUUUAAAAUGUUGUUUUAUGAGUUCAUGAGCGUGUGUGCAAUGUUUGUCCCUGGAGGGAUUCUGUCUGUUUUGGCCACAUCCUGCAUCCGGCCAUGUCUGUUUAGGAGAUAGGAACACAAGAAUUUCGCUGCACCUGCUAUAACAUCUGCUAAACUGUGUACGCGACCAAUAAACUUUGAUUUGAUUUUUUUGUCUUGUCCAUAUCCUGCAUGAAGAUUUGGCCUCUUCCACAUGAAAUCUGUCCAAGAGAUACAGCGCCUUCAGAAAGUAUUCAGACCUCUUGACCUUUUCCACAUUUUGUUACGUUACAACCUUAUUCUAAAAUUGAUUAAAUAAAACAAAUUCCUCAGCAAUCAACACACAAUACCCCAUAAUGACAAAGGAAAAAACGUUAUUUUUUAUAUUUUAGCAAAUGUAUUAAAAAUUAAAAACAGAAAUACCUUAUUUACAUAAGUAUUCAGACCCUUUGCUAUGAGACUCGAAAUUGAACUCCGGUGCAUCCUGUUUCCAUUGAUCAUCCUUGAGAUGUUUCUAUAACUUGACUGGAGACCACCUGUGUUAAAUUCAAUUGAUUGGACAUGAUUUGGAAAGGCACACAACUGUCUAUAUAAGGUCCCUCAGUUGUUAGUGCAUGUCAAAGCAAAACACAAGCCAUGAGGUCGAAGGAAUUGUCCGUAGAUGCUCCGAGACAGGAUUGUGUUGAGGCACAGAACUUGGGAAGGGUACCAAAAAAUGUCUGCAUUAUUGAAGGUCCCCAAGAACACAGUGGCCUCCAUCAUUCUUAAAUGGAAGAAGUUUGGAACCACUAAGACUCUUCCUAGAGCUGGCCACCUGGCCAAACUGAGCAAUCGGGGGAGAAGGGCCUUGGUCAGGGAGGUGACCAAGAACCCGAUGGUCACUCUGACAGAGCUCCAGAGUUCCUCUGUGGAGAUGGGAGAACCUUCCAGAAGGACAACCAUCUCUGCAGCACUCCACCAAUCAGGCCUUUAUGAUAGAGUGGCCAGACGGAAGCCACUUCUCAGUAAAAGGCACAUGACAGCCCGCUUGGAGUUUGCCAAAAGGCACCUAAAGACUCUCAGAUUCUCUGGUCUGAUGAAACCAAGAUUGAACUCUUUGGCUCGAAUGCAAAGCGUCACGUCUGGAGGAAAACUGGCACCAUCCCUACGGUGAAGCAUGGUGGUGGCAGCAUCAUGCUUUGGGGAUGUUUUUCAGCGGCAGGGACUGGGAGACUAGUCAGGAUCGAGGCAAAGAUGAACGGAGCAAAGGACUGAGAGAUCCUUGAUGAAAACAUCUCUGUAGAGACCUGAAAAUAGCUGUGCAGCAACACUCCCCAUCCAACCUGACAGAGCUUGAGAGGAUCUGCAGAGAAGAAUGGGAGAAACUCCCCAAAUACAGGUUUGCCAAGCUUGUAGCGUCAUACCCAAGAAGACUCAAUGCUGUAAUCGCUGCCAAAGGUGCUUCAACAAAGUACUGAGUAAAGGGUCUGAAUAUUUAUGUAAAUGUGAUAUUUAUUUAUGUAAUACAUUUGCUAACAUUUCUAAACCUGUUUUUGCUUUGUCGUUAUGGGCUAUUGUGUGUAGCUUGAUGAGGGGGAAAAAACAAUUUAAUCAAUUUUAGAACAAGGCUGUAACAUAACAAAGUGGAAAAAGUCAAAGGGUCUAAAUACUUUCCGAAGGCAUUGUACAGUGGGGAAAAAAAGUAUUUAGUCAGCCACCAAUUGUGCAAGUUCUCCCACUUACAAAGAUGAGAGAGGCCUGUCAUUUUCAUCAUAGGUACAUGUCAACUAUGACAGACAAAAUGAGAUUUUUUUUCUCCAGAAAAUCACAUUGUAGGAUUUUUUAUGAAUUUAUUUGCAAAUGAUGGUGGAAAAUAAGUAUUUGGUCAAUAACAAAAGUUUCUCAAUACUUUGUUAUAUACCCUUUGUUGACAAUGACACAGGUCAAACGUUUUCUGUAAGUCUUCACAAGGUUUUCACACACUGUUGCUGGUAUUUUGGCCCAUUCCUCCAUGCAGAUCUCCUCUAGAGCAGUGAUGUUUUGGGGCUGUCGCUGGGCAACACGGACAUUCAACUCCCUCCAAAGAUUUUCUAUGGGGUUGAGAUCUGGAGACUGGCUAGGCCACUCCAGGACCUUGAAAUGCUUCUUACGAAGACACUCCUUCGUUGCCCGGGCGGUGUGUUUGGGAUCAUUGUCAUGCUGAAAGAGCCAGCCACGUUUCAUCUUCAAUGCCCUUGCUGAUGGAAGGAGGUUUUCACUCAAAAUCUCACAAUACAUGGCCCCAUUCAUUCUUUCCUUUACACGGAUCAGUCGUCCUGAUCCCUUUGCAGAAAAACAGCCCCAAAGCAAGAGGUUUCCACCCCCAUGCUUCACAGUAGGUAUGGUGUUCUUUGGAUGCAACUCAGCAUUCUUUGUCCUCCAAACCCGACGAGUUGAGUUUUUACCAAAAAGUUAUAUUUUGGUUUCUUCUGACCAUAUGACAUUCUCCCAAUCCUCUUCUGGAUCAUCCAAAUGCACUCUAGCAAACUUCAGACGGGCCUGGACAUGUACUGGCUUAAGCAGGGGGACACGUCUGGCACUGCAGGAUUUGAGUCCCUGGCGGCGUAGUGUGUUACUGAUGGUAGGCUUUGUUACUUUGGUCCCAGCUCUCUGCAGGUCAUUCACUAGGUCCCCCCGUGUGGUUCUGGGAUUUUUGCUCACCGUUCUUGUGAUCAUUUUGACCCCACGUGGUGAGAUCUUGCGUGGAGCCCCAGAUCGAGGGAGAUUAUCAGUGGUCUUGUAUGUCUUCCAUUUCCUAAUACUUGCUCCCACAGUUGAUUUCUUCCAACCAAGCAGCUUACCUAUUGCAGAUUCAGUCUUCCCAGCCUGGUGCAGGUCUACAAUUUUGUUUCUGGUGUCCUUUGACAGCUCUUUGGUCUUGGCCAUAGUGGAGUUUGGAGUGUGACUGUUUGAGGUUGUGGACAGGUGUCUUUUAUACUGAUAACAAGUUCAAACAGGUGCCAUUAAUACAGGUAACGAGUGGAGGACAGAGGAGCCUCUUAAAGACGAAGUUACAGGUCUGUGAGAGCCAGAAAUCUUGCUUGUUUGUAGGUGACCAAAUACUUAUUUUCCACCAUAAUUUGCAAAUAAAUUCAUUAAAAAUCCUACAAUGUGAUUUUCUGGAUUUUUUCCCCACAAUUUGUCUGUCAUAGUUGACGUGUACCUAUGAUGAAAAUUACAGGCCUCUCUCAUCUUUUUAAGUGGGAGAACUUGCACAAUUGGUGGCUGACUAAAUACUUUUUUCCCCCACUGUAUAUUGUCUGUGUUGCUGCCAAUAAUAUUUAUUUUGGUGUGUGUUUAGGUGCAAUCUGGUGGGGAUGAGCGGGUGUUGGUGAUGGGUGCCACCAACAGGCCUCAGGAGCUGGACGAGGCUGUUCUUAGGUACUGUAGGCCAGUGUGGUUGGGGCAGGGGAUGCCCAGUUUGUACCUCCCUACCUGUUUCAUACAUUUUUGUGUGCCUACUGAACACAACCCAGGUUUACUUUUCAGUGAGGUCUCUCUGCCAAAAGGUAGCACUGUUAAAGGGCAACUCCGCCACAUUUAACAUUUGGUUUGUUAUUAUGAAGUAUUUAGUGAUGUCAUACACACAGUUUUAGUGUAAUUUGAUGAUUUCAUGGCUAUUGACUGUUUAGUGAUGUGCAAAACUGGAAAUUGCUUCUCAAGUAGGAUCCCUGAGAUAACUAAUAAAAUAAAUGAUGGACAGUCAUUUUUAGCUAUCUAUAUAACAUGUCUAUAGUUUCCUGAUCAUAUUGGAAUUUCCUGCUAUAUGUUGCUGUGGUUGUCUUCGUCUAAUACAGCGAUGGGCAUCUGGCGGCCCGUGUUGACUCCAAUGCUUCCCACAGUUGUGUCAAGCUGGCUUGAUGUUCUUUGGGUGGUGAACCAUUCUUAAUAUACACGGGAAACAGUUGAGCGUGAAAAACCCAGCAGCGUUGCAGUUCUUGACACAGUCAAACCGGUGCGCCUGGCACUCACUACCAUACCCCAUUCAAAGGCACUUAAAUAUUUUGUCUUGCCCAUUCACCCUCUGAAUGGCACGCAUACACAAACCAUGUAUUUUUUUGUCCUCGAGGCUUAAAAAUCCUUCUUUAACCUGUCUCCUCCCCUUCAUCUACACUGAUUUGAAGUGGAUUUAGCAAGUGACAUCAAUAAGGAAUAAAAGCUUUCACCUGGAUUCACUAUGUCAUGGAAAGAGCAGGUGUUUCUAAUGUUUUGUACACUCAGUGUAUCCUAGCAGCAUAAUAACUGGUUAUAAAGUGGUGGAAUUGUCCUUCAAGUCUUCAUGUCCUACCCAAUGGCAACAUGUUCUCAAACUGUUUUUAUUCACAGACGUUUUGCAAAACGGGUGUACGUGGCUUUACCAACAGAAGAGGUAUGUUAAGAAACCUAUUAAUUCCAUUUACAAUUGUAGCCUUACAGUAAACAAAUCACAUUCCCCAAUGCAAUUUCCCUGCAAAAAUGUAUAUAAUUGUGUGUCGUGUAUAGACACGGCUAAAACUGGUCAAGAACCUUUUGGGGAAGCACGGGAAUCCUCUCGCACAGAAAGAACUGUCCCAGCUCGCCAGGUAAAUUGAAUUGGAAACCUACCUAAUAUGGUAUGUACUUUUAGAUAUCCUUUACCAUGGGUUGAAUGAACUUUGUACAAUAGGUAGUUGAUAGAGCUAUAGAUCAUGAUAUCCAUCUAUCUUUAUAAUUAUAAAAUGUUUUGUUCUCUGUAAUCCUUUCAAAAUGAUGGAUAAACAGAUACCAAUAGAUAUAUUGAUAUCUAGAGAUGAAUAGAGACAUAAUGCUAUAUUUGAAAUGUUUGCUAUCUCUUUAUGCUUUCAGAAUGACAUACAGAUAGUCAGUGAUAGGUAUAGAGAUAUACAGUCACGUCUAAAAUGAUUGGCAACCUUGAUAAAGAUGAGCAAAACUAUAUUAUUGUAUACUAAUACAAUUACUCAGAGAAAGAGAUUUUGUUUAACAAGUAAUCUAAAAAAGAGACACUACCGGUCAAAAGUUUUAGAACACCUACUCAUUCAAGGGUUUUUCUUUAUUUGUACUAUUUUCUACAUUGUAGAAUAAUAGUGAAGAUGUCAAAACUAUGAAAUAACGCAUAUGGAAUCAUGUACUAACCAAAAACGUGUUAAAUAAAUCGAAAUAUGUUUUAUAUUUGAGAUUCUUCAAACAGCCAUCCUUUGCCUUGAUGACAGCUUUGCAUACUCUUGGCAUUCUUUCAACCAGCUUCACCUGGAAUGCUUUUCCAACAGUCUUGAAGGAGUUCCCACAUAUGCUGAGCACUUGUUUGCUGCUUUUCCUUCACUCUGCCGUCCGACUCAUCCCAAACCAUCUCUAUUUGGUUGAGGUCGGGGGAUUGCGGAUGCCAGGUGAUCUGAUGCACAGCCUGGAGGUGUGUUGGGUCAUUGUCCUGUUGAAAAACAAAUGAUAGUCCCACUAAGCCCAAACCAAAUGGGAUGGCAUAUCGCUGCAGAAUGCUGUGGUAGCCAUGCUGGUUAAGUGUGCCUUGAAUUCUAAAUAAAUCACAGACAGUGUCACCAGCAAAGCACCCCCACACCAUAACAUCUCCUCCUCCAUGCUUUACGGUGGGAACUACACAUGCAGAGAUCAUACGUUCACCCACACCGCGUCUCAGAAAGACAUGGCGGUUGGAACCAGAAAUCUCAAAUUUGGACCCCAGACCAAAGGACACAUUUCCACCGGUCUAAUGUCCAUUGCUUGUGUUUCUUGGCCCAAACAAGUCUCUUCUUCUUAUUGGUGUCCUUUAGUAAUGGUUCCUUUGCAGCAAUUUGACCAUAAAGGCCUGAUUCACACAGUCUCCUCUGAACAGUUGAUGUUGAGAUGUGUCUGUGACUUUAACUCUAUGAAGCAUUUAUUUGGGCUGCAAUUUCUGAGGCUGGGAACUAUAAUGAACUUAUCCUCUCCAGCAGAGGUAACUCUGGGUCUUCCAUUCCUGUGGCGGUCCUCAUGAGAGCCAGUUUCAUCAUAGCGCUUCAUGGUUUUUGCGACUGCACUUGAAGAAACGUUCCUUAUUGACUGACCUUCAUGUCUUAAAGUAAUGAUGGACUGUCGUUUCUCUUUGCUUUUUUGAGCUGUUCUUGCCAUAAUAUGGAUUUGGUCUUUUACCAAAUAGGGCUAUCUUCUGUAUACACCCCCUACCUUGUCACAACAUAACUGAUUGGCUCAAACUCAUUAAGAAGGAAAUAAAUUCCACAAUUUAACUUUUAAGAAGGCACACCUGUUAAUUGAAAUGCAUUCCAGGUGACUACCUCAUGAAGCUGGUUGAGUGAAUGCCAAGAGUGUGCAAAGCUGUUAUCAAGGCAAAGGGUGGCUAUUUGAAGAAUCUCAAAUAUAAAAUAUAUUUUGAUUUGUUGAACACUUUUUUGGUUACUACAUGAUUCCAUAUGUGUUAUUUCAUAGUUUUGAUGUCUUCACUAUUAUUCUACAAUGUAGAAAAUAGUAAAAAAUAAAGAAAAACCCUUGAAUGAGUAGGUGUUCUAAAACUUUUUACCGGUAGUGUAGGUGUCAAUUAUUGGCACCCCUGUUUUCAAUACUCCGGCACCCUCCCCUUGCGAGGAUAAUGGUACUGAGCCCUUUUCUCAAAUGUUUUAUGAGAUUGGAGAACACAUACAGAAUCUUUCCAGAUCCUUGAUAUCCUUUGGUCUGCGCUUAUGGACUGCCCUCUUCGAUUCAAACCACAGGUUUCCAAUGGGGUUCAAGUCCGGAGACUGAGAUGGCCAUUGCAAAAUUGAUUUUUCUGGUCAGUUAACCAUUUCAUUGUGGAUUAUGAUGUGUGCUUGGGGUUAUUGUCUUGCUGGAAUAUCCACUUACGGCCAAGUUUCAGCCUCCUGGCAUAGGCAACCAGAUUUUUGCCUAAAAUGUCCUGGUACUUGCUACAGUUCAUGAUGCCGUUGACCUUAACAACGACUCCAGGACCAGUGGAAGCAAAACAGCCCCAUAACAUCCAAGAUCCACCACCAUAUUUGACAGUAGGUAUUAUUGAUGGGGGGAAAAAAUCAAUAGUUACAUAUCGGGAUAUUCUUUUUGAUGAUAUAUCGUAUUGUACCGGUUUGACAAUAUCGCAAUAUGUUUGUGCUAGUUGGCUGUAACUGCACCAAAACUCCAGUAUUUUUCCUUCAUAGCUUGUUCUCCAUCUUCUUUUUAAAUAGGGAGCCAAUUUGUUUUCAGCACUUUUAUUUCCAUGACUGAUCAAAACUUGUUUUCUCAUGGCUAUCUCUUGUCACUCUGCAGCAGACAUGUGGUGAGCAAUAUGUUUGGACCAUGGAAUCUCAAUAAAAUCACAGUAUUGAAUCGCAAUACAUGUAGAAUUAUGACAAUCGCAAUACAUAUCGUCGACACCUAAUUAUCGUGAUAAUAUCAUAUUGUGAGGUGCCUGGCAAUUCCCAGCCCUAGUAGGUAUGAGGUUUUUUUCUUCAUAUGCAUCCUUCUUUCAACGCCAAGCUCUAUUUUUGUGUCAUCUGACCAGAGCACCUAUUCCAAUCCAAGUGCCAAUGCCGUUUAGCAAACUCCAGGAAUUUACAUGUGUUGGUUGCUCUCAAUAAAGGCUCUUUCUGGCAACCCUCCCAAAGAGCCUAUUGGCAUGGAAGUGGCGUCUAAUUGUAGAUUUGGAGACUUGGUGACCCCAAGAUGUGACCAAGUUCUGUAAUUUUCAAACUUUGGCCCGUGAAAAUUCUUUGCCUCGCAAACUAUCUUCCUUACUGUGUGUGGGGACAAGAUACACUUGUGUCCAAUACCAGGCAAGUUUACCACUGUUCCAGUGGUUUGAAACUUCUUAAUCGUUGCCCUAGUAGUUGUGUUCUUUUUUUAGCAAUUUCUUUGUACCCAUUGCCUGAUUUUAUGAUGUUCAACAACCAUCUGUGGCUUUUUGUUUGCGAAUUCUCCCAUGGUGAUGGAUAACUGUCACAAGUGUAGAGAGGAGUAGGCAGGAGGCAGUCGCAGGUUUAGAACUACUGAAUUUAUUAAAGCACCAUAGCUUAAAGCGGGACGAAACCCACAGUGCAAAAUAUAAAGUACUCAGGAAAUAGUAGGAGAGAUUCCUCUCAGGAAAACAAGCAACAUAUACAAUGACCAACCAAGACAAAUGACAGAGGGGGUAUAUAUACACAGUGAUAGCGUGGGGAUUGGAACCAGGUGUGUGCAAUGAUGACGAGACAAGUCCGGGGUUGAUGAGUGAAGGGUGUUUGCCAGCAGCAGGUUUGGCCGAAGCUAGAAGGCCGGUGACGCCGAACGCCUGAGCUGGACAGGAGGGGGAGCCAAAGCGAAGGCUGGUGUGACAAUAACAAAGGGAUUUUACAUGCGUGUUACCUCAUUGUUAUACAUUUUACAUUUACAUUUUAGUCAUUUAGCAGACGCUCUUAUCCAGAGCGACUUACAGUUAGUGAGUGCAUACAUUAUUUUUUAUUUUUUUUCAUACGUUGCAAACGCCAUGCUCUACCAACUGAGCUACAUCCGGCCAUUCCCUCCCCUACCCUGGACGACGCUGGGCCAAUUGUGCGCCGCCCCAUUGGUCUCCCGGUCGCGGCCGGCUACGACAGAGCCUGGAUAUACCCCAGUGAAACAGGAAGCCAGGGAAGGCCACAAUACAGUUCCUAAAAUGAGAUUAACUUAAAAAAGUAGAAUGUAAAUGCAGAUAGAAUAUUUAGGGUUGCCAAUCAUUUUGACACCGGUCUUAAAAAUGAUAUAUAUAUAUUACUUGUAUUACUUGUUAAACAAAAUCUAUUUAUCUGAGCAAUUAUAUUAGUAUAAAAUAAUAUAAAUAAAUAACAAUUGGAGCAUACAAUAUAGCUCAGUAUUUGUAUUAUUUAUUUUAGUCGUUUUUGCUCAUCUUUAUCAAGGGUGACAAUAAUUUUGGACCUGACUGUAUAGAGAUCUAAGAGAUGUAGAUAAAGAUAUUGUGGUAUAAUGGAAAUGCUUGGUAUAUGUGUAAUCCUUGCAGAAUGACAGAAGGCUACUCUGGCAGUGACCUGACCUCACUGGCCAAAGAUGCGUCCCUCGGUCCCAUCAGAGGUAAGCGGCACAAUUCAUUCAAACCUUUUUGAUCGGAACAGCAAUUGGUCUCUUUACAAAUUUGUCUAUUUGUUUCCUAAUGCAAUCUCUUUCAAUUCUCAGAGUUGCGUCCAGAACAAGUCAGGAAUAUGGCCGCAAACGAGGUACGUUUACACUAUUCACUGUAUACAUCAAAGGCUGAAUAAUAAACCUAACACUUUGACCAAUCGACCACUUAUAUCCCAACUGCCACUUGUCAAUAUUCAAAAAUUCCAAACCCAUUUGCGAGCAUUGUCUCCUUCUGCAACCUGUUUUAGUACACUUAUAAAAACAAAACGGCAUCUCUCUACUUCAGCACAAAAAAGCACCAAAGCAACUCGCCAAAACUUAGCCUGCCUGCUCAUAGUGCCUGCUAACUAGUUCUAACAGCUAGCUUCACUGACAAACACAGGGAUGGGACUUAACAAGCUAGUGAUUUUGGCCGCUGAUAAACAGCGUGUAACUUGUCCUUUAUUUACAGCUUGCUGAUGAAGUUGUGUUCUCAUAAAUCAGUCUGUAGAACCGCAUGUUUCUCUAAACAGUGUCGGGUCAGCUGUUUUUCAUGCACUUUUUAAAACUUCCAAAAUAAUACUCCUUCAAGCACAAAAUGCCUUAUGUAAAAUUGCACGACUAAGACCUCAGCAAAUAAUUACAAAUAAAUGAUUAUCUUAGAUUCAUUAUGACUAUUUUGAGGGCAAAGUAGUAGUGGCCAUGUUGUUGCUAGGUAAUGGGUUAAAAUUCAUGGGUAGAAGUUGCUGCCAGGGGCGAUGUGUUGGCACAGGAUGCCCACUCGGUUAAGAGGCUGCUGAAGGAUGCAGUGGAGCCCUCGUAGACUCGACAACUAGCCAUUGAGAUUGACUCGUGAACGUGCAUAUUGAGUGAUAGUGUUCGGUUUGAGAUACAAUGGCUAGUUGUUGAGUUGUUGACUGCACCCUUCGGCAGCCUGGCUACAGAGUGGUCAUCCUGUGCCAACUUGGCGCCCUUGGCAGCAACUUCUACCUAUGAAUCUUGGUGUUGUUAUUUAUAAGAGCAUAUUUUGGGUUCGCCGAUAUUUGGGAAUACCUAUUCCAUGAUAUGCUACUCCAAAUAUCUGAUAUUAUCGCACCUAUAAUUCCAUACUGUGCUAUUUUUCUGUUUAUUUAUUAUAGUCACAUUCUCAUAAAAAAAUGGCAUACAAGUUUUAUUAACUUUUAUUCAAAAGUGAUGCAAAAAAAAGUGAACCCCUUGUAAAAACACGAAACAACCUUAAUACAACAUCUAGAGACCUCACCUUAACCUUUUGGUAUAAUACUUUUUGAAUUAGUCGCAGGGACCAGGGUUUGAGUUAAUAAUUGCUGGGGUUGAGUGUGCUGACUCUUUGACACAGACACGACCAGAGCAGACUGAGCGUUUGAUAGAUUUCCUUCAAGUCGUUAGAUGCUGGGGUGGGAAUUGACUCUUCACUAAUCCCGGCCCAGAAUUUUGUACAACCAAUCGCAGCGCUCCAUUGGAUAGCAACCGUCACUAACCAGACUCCAGUCCGACCAUUUCACGUUUGAAAUCCAAGGAUACCAAUGACGGCAGUGGCAAAAACAGAGUAUUCAUGAAAAAAUGAAUGGUUUAAAUGGCUAAAUAAUUGAUCAGUGCACCAGGGGUGAUUCCUGAAAUGCAGAGCCUGUUGGACUAGUUUUCGAAUCCAAAAUUAUACUUUUGUUCCAUUGUUUGCUAGCUGGUUAGCUAGCUGCACUUGCCACCAUUGAAAACACUGCUAACGCUAAUUAGCUAGCCAGUUAAUUAUAACUUGUUUUCUCUGUAUGUUCACUAGCUAAGUUAGCUAUAUUAUGAAUAUGCUUUGAAGUGCUUUGAAAGGCUGGUCAUGGCUCACAUCAACACCAUUAUCCCAGAAUCCAAUUUGCAUACCGCCCCAACAUAUCCACAGAUGAUGCAAUCUCUAUUGCACUCCACACUGCCCUUUCCCACCUGGACAAAAGGAACACCUACAUGAGAAUGCUAUUCAUUGACUACAGCUCAGCGUUCAACACCAUAGUGCCCUUAAAGCUCAUCACUAAGCUAAGGACCCAGGGACUAAACACCUCCCUCUGCAACUGGAUCCUGGACUUCCUGACAGGCCGCCCCAGGUGGUAAGGGUAGGUAACAACACAUCUGCCACGCUGAUCCUCAACAAUGGGGCCCCUCAGGGGUGCGUGCUCAGUCCCCUCCUGUACUCCCUGUUCACCCAUGACUGCAUGGCCAAGCACGACUCCAACACCAUCAUUAAGUUUGCCGACAACACAACAGUGGUAGACCUGAUCACCGACAAUGAUGAGACAGCCUAUAGGGAGAGACAGGUCAGAGACUUGGCUGUGUGGUGCCAGGUUAACAACCUCUCCCUCAACGUGAUCAAGACAAAGGAGAUGAUUGUGGACUACAGGAGGACUGAGCACGCCCCCAUUCUCAUCGACGGGCUGUAGUGGAUUAGGUUGAGGGCUUCAAGUUCCUUGGUGUCCACAUCACCAACAAAUUAUCAUGGUCCAAACACACCAUGUCAGUCUUGAAGAGGGCACGACAGAGCCUAUUCCCCCUCAGGAGACUGAAAAGAUUUGGCAUGGGUCCUCAGAUCCUCAAAAGGUUCUACAGCUGCAUCAUUGAGAGCAUCCUGACUGGUUGCAUCAUCGCCUGGUGAAACACUUUGCUAUACUCACUCAUUGCAGCUGCAGUGCUGGUUGUAGCAUGAGUGGAAGUAGGGAGAACGUGGAUUUUAUGGCUUAAAGUGUUGAACAAAGUGCUGAAUAACAACUUAAACAUUAACUCAUAAAAACAGCAGCUCUUUGCAGUAUUCAUUGAGUCAAUCUCUAGUCAUAGUUUUAACAUUUUUGAAAUAUCACUUUAUCAACUUUGCUGAGGCUUCUUUUUUACAGCCUAUGGCUCGAGGAAAUUGCCAGACACGAUGAUCUGAGCUAUCUGAUUGGCCAGUGGUAGGCCUAUAGGUGCACUUGAUUUGCUCUCUGGGCCUGCCGGGUAUGCGGAGGUCUACCUUGAGACACAUGAAAUGGUUCAAAAUGGGAACACUUUGCCUUCCCGGUGCUAGGGCUGCUGAAUCAAGUCCACCAACCGCCAACAGCGCUAAACUGAAAAAUAUAUAAAAAGGCCUUUAUCGUUGUUGUUUUACAUAUUCAUUUUUUUACAGUGGUUAGUGACAACUGCUCUAUAUAAACUAUAUUUGACUUCCUCGAGUAUUUGAAAAGUUUGUAUUUUAAAAUAAACUACAAAAUAUAACUAUUUUCUGCCCAGGUCUGCAUGGGUUAUUAGUAGCAUGAACAGUGUUGGCAACACAUUUUUUUGUGAGAAUUGCUGUUGGCUGCUUGAUUUGUUGCUAGAUUACGUUUUGCUGUUGCCGCAUCGACGUCAAAGCACAAAUUUGCUUUGCUGCGGCACAGUUACGGUACCGAGCUUAGCAUUUACGCCCCCUCGCCCGCAGCACACCCCCUCCCUGCCUGUGUGUGCGUUGUUGCUGUGAGUGGAAAAAGUCACUAGAUGCUGGCAAAACCAUUGGUGGCAAAACCAUAGUGAUCCCUAUUAAAGAUGCACUAUGCAGAAUCUACCGCUUCUUAGACUUGCUUUCAAUGAGAAUGACAGAUCUAUAACACACAUUUCUAUGUGAAUUUGGUCAGGUCGUCCAAAAAGUUACAUAUUGCAGCUUUAAAUUACUAUUCUAAUUCCUAAUUCUAUGUGCAAAACUCUCCAAGGCAGCUUGAAAGUAGCUGAAUUUGUCGCUAGGCUUUUUUACCAAUAAAAGUAAUUGGAGAGGUCUCAAGACUUGCUAAAUAUAGCGGUUUUAUGUCUAUGGUUGCAGUCCUCAUAGAUUGAAUUGCAUUGAAUCGAUCCAAAGAUUUAAGGCGGGGUAUUGCUACUCUAAAUUAUAAUACCUUUUUUUUUAUGCUUGUGUUUUUUAGUUUGUUUUUAUAAUGCAGAAUUGUAUUUUGCACGUUGUCCUUUCUUAAAGUAAUGAGUAGGAGAGGAAUAUGCUUGUUUUUCACAUGUUUUAGUUUUUGGUCUUUUGGUAGUCUUGCUUGGCAGAUUGUAAAAAACACAGAGGCUGUGUUUUGUGUGUUUCUUUAAUAAGCAGAAUGCCACUUCAUCAGGGACAUUGGCCUGGGUUUUGGAGGUUUUUCCUGGGCUGGUAGAGAUGUUCUCAUUCCACCUAAAUUACAAUACAUUUAGCCACAAACUCUACUGUUCCUAUAGCCAAAUUUCACGUAAAUUUUUUUUGCCAACGCCUUAAUUUUAAUCAAAAACACACUUAUCUAGGGCCCUAUAAAAUCUGCGAUGCGGAGAACGGGGGCGGUAUCACGGAAUCCAAACAUUUAAAAAUGGAAUUCAACAAUAUUCAAAAAUGUAUUGAACUUGUAUUAAUUCAUAAAACAUUAACAAAAUGCAUCAGGAAUGCCCCUGUCUGUGUGUGCGCGUUUGUCUAAUUUGUGUAGCCGUUAGCGAUGAUGCUAAUGAUAAUGCUUUCCCAAAAACCUUCUCAAUUAAAUGUUAACUACAAAGAAGCCUAUGCCUACCUGGCAGAAUGACAUCAUGAUUAUUUGCAUCAAUGCAGUGGCGAUUUGUUAGCAAACUGCAAUCACAUGUGCACUACAGAAACACUGCUAACCAACAAGUAUCUUUCUGGUGCUCACUUGAAUUAAAGGGUAUCUACCAGGGUUGGGGUCAAUUCCAAUUUAAUUUGAAAUAAAAAUUAUUGAAUUCACUCAUGAAUUUGAGAAUUGACAUUGAAUUAAAUUCAAAUGUAAAAAAAUCUUAAUGUUAUGGAAUUGGAAUUAGACUGUUUAGACUUUUUGAAUUGGAAUUGUAAAAACAUAUCAAAUUAAAGUUGCGUACACAGAUUUUCAGAUGUUAUCGCAGGUGCAGCGAAAUGCUUGUGUUUCUAGCUCCAACAGUAACUGUAUUGCAGUAAUACCUAGCAAUACAAAACAAUACACACAUAAUCCCAAAAGUUAAAAUAAAGAAAUGAAGAAAUGUCAGAACAAAUCCAAUUAACAAUGCAAAUAGCACUGUAACAGUAAUCCAAAUGGAAUCUAUACAUAUCUACACCAGAUACAUUUACAAAAGAUAUACUAGGAAUGAUAUUUACACUAUUAGUUAUAUUAGAGCAGGCGUUUCCAAACCUUUUUGGCCCACGACCCCAUUUUGAUAUCUGAAAACUCUUGUGACCCCAACCAUGUGAAAAAAAUUAUGUAAAUAACAGCCAAUGUUUACUUUUUUUAUUUGGGCUAUGGCAGUCAAUUGAAAAAACAUUAACAGUAUUUCUGAUUUGUCUUCUCAACUCACCAUCACAUACUUUUAUUGUCGGGCUAUGACAGUCAAUUGCAAAUUGGUGUGACAUAAUGUAUCAUAUCUCACCACCACUAAUGAGAUGGGUGUGCUUGAUACAUGUCGCGUCUGAACUUCUCAAAGUAAAGGGGCUUGGUCGACAGUGCGCACCUCAUCUCUGCUGUCACAUCCAACCUGGAUCGAUAUUUGGUUUUAAUGCAGACGAGAGCACUGAAUCCAGCCACAGAUAUGAGCUGGCGAAGGGUACCAUGACAACUGGGAACUCAGGAAAAAUACGAGGUCAAAUCAUGACGUCAGUGAUCUUCAGGUCAGGAUGUCGGAGCUCUAGAAGUUCCCGAGUUGGAAUUCCGAGUUGGAUGACCGUUCAAAUAGAUUUUUCCCUGUCGGAGCUCGUUUUUUUUCAGAGUUCCCAGUUGUCUUGAAUACACUGAAAUCAGAAGUCAGAGAUUUCCAAGUUGUUUUGAACACGGCAUUAAUGCUCAGAGGGAGACCAAAACUCCUCCGUAGUGGCCCGUGAAUGCGUUCGGUCACAUGACCGCUCAAUCAGCUGUUCGAUUUCACUUACCAGCAUGUCAACUGAGCCAGGAUCACAGUCAAACGGAUUGGGAAGUAGGUCCCAUAGUGCUCUUCUAAGCGUUGGAGGUGAGCAGUCAUCACUCGUGUGGGACAGUUACUGAUGCUGUUUUCUGUUAGAAACAUGUACAGCCGAAGGAAGGGGGCGUGGUUCACUUUUGAAAGACUCUUGUUUUCACCAUAUCAAUUGCGGCCGGUAAUAUCAAAGUCUCUGCAGUAGUGUGUGAUUUCAUAGUAUAGCGGGCCUAGCCAUUUACUGUGGAAAUGGGGUUGCGACCCCUAGUUUGGGUACCGCUGUAUUAGAGUGGGCUAUGUCAAGAAUCCAGUAUAUAAAUAAAUAUGCAGUGUGUAUAAACAGUGUAACUAAAAUGCAAUGUACAGUUGUAGAAAUAUUAGAAUGAGCUAUGUCGAGAAUACACUAUAUAUUUACACAGUACAAAACCCCAUGGCAAAAUUGAUAGAAUUUUUGGAAAUUAGCUUCUGAACCUGAGUCCGGAAUAUAAUCAAUAUAUAUGUAUGUGAAUGGUGUGUAUGGACAGUAUGGGAAUAGAAAAGGUGUGUAUAGCAGUAGUUACACUAUAUAGGAUGAACUAUGACUACAAAUAAAGUGGGUAAAACACUAUCAAAUCAAAUCAAAUCAAGCUUUAUUUAUACAGCACAUUUCAGACAUGGAAUGCAACGCAAUGAUCUUCACAGGAAAAAUAACAAAUGUAAUAUUUGGCUAAGACAUAUUUGUUCAGCCUCCUGAGGUUGAAGAGGCGCUGUUGUGCCUUCUUCACCACACUGUCUGUGUGAAUGGACCAUUUCAGGUCAUCAGUGAUGUGCACGCAGAGGAACUUGAAGCUUUUGAUCUUCUCCACUGCUGCCCCGUUGAUGUGGAUGGGCGUGCUCUCUCUGCUGUCUCCUGUAGUCCACGAUCAGCUCCUUCGUUUUGUUGACGUUGAGGGAGGGGUUAUUUUCCUGGCACCACUCUGCCAAGGCACUCACCUCCUCCCUGUAGGCUGUCUCGUCGUUGUUGGUAAUCAAGUCCAGGCUCUGGCUGGGCCACUCAAGGACAUUCAGAGACUUGUCCCGAAGCCACUCCUGUGUUAUCUUGGCUGUGUGCUUAGGGUCGUUGUCCUGUUGGAAGGUGAACCUUCACCCCAGUCUGAGGUCCUGAGCGCUCUGGAGCAGGUUUUCAUCAAGGAUCUCUCUGUACUUUGCUCCGUUCAUCUUUCCCUCGACCCUGACUAGUCUCCCAGUCCCUACUGCUGAAAAACAUCCCCACAGCAUGAUGCUGCAACUACCAUGCUUCACCAUAGGGAUGGUGCCAGGUUUCCUCCAGAUGUGACGCUUGGCAUUCAGGCCAAAGAGUUCAAUCUUGGUUUCAUCAGACCAGAGAAUGUUGUUUCUCCAAGUGGGCUGUCAUGUGCCUUUUACUAAGAAGAGGCUUCCGUCUGGCAACUCUACCAUAAAGGCCUGAUUGCUGGAGUGCUGCAGAGAUGCUUGUCCUUCUGGAAGGUUCUCCCUUCUCCACAGAGGAACUCUAGAGCGCUGUCAGGGUGACCAUCAGGUCCUUAGGCACCUAACUGAUCAAGGCCCUUCUCCUGCAAUUGAUCAGUUUGGCCGGUCGGCCAGCUCUAGGAAGAGUCUUGGUGGUUCCAAACUUCUUCAAUUUAAGAAUUAUGUUCUUGGGGACCUUCAAUGCUGCAGAAAUGUUUUGGUACCAUUCCCCAGAUCUGUGCCUCGACACAAUCCUGUCUCUGAGCUCUACGGACAAUUCCUUCGACCUCAUGGCUUGGUUUUUGCUCUGACAUGCACUGUCAACUGUGGGACUUUUAUAUAGACAGGUGUGUGCCUUUCCAAAUCAUGUCCAAUCAAUUGAAUUUACCACAGCUGGAAUCCAAUCAAGUUGUAGAAACAUUUCAAGGAUGAUCAAUGGAAACAGGAUGCACCUGAGCUCAAUUUCGAGUCUCAUAGCAAAGGGUCUGAAUACUUAUGUAAAUAAGGUUCAUUUUUUAUUUGUAAUACAUUUUUUUUUUUUUAUGUUUUUGCUUUGUUAUUAUGGGGUAUUGUGUGUAGAUUGAGGGAAUUUUUAUAAUCCAUUUUAAAAUAAGGCUGUAACGUAACAAAAUGUGGAUAAAGUCAAGGGGUCUGAAUACUUUCCGAAUGCAAUGUAGGUGUUCCUCUUAUACAGGUGGGAUAGGGCAGUGUGCAGUGCAAUGGCGAUUGUGUCGUCCGUGGAUCUGUUGGGGCAGUAUGCAAUCUGUAGUGUGUCUAGGGUAAGAGUAUCUCAUUAUACUCGGAUCCAUUUUAUCACACUUGAUACUUGUAAUUGGAUCUACUACUGCACUAUCACUCUCAAAGCGCAUGGUUAUGUUCCUUCACUCAUUCACACACAAUGUUCAAUGGUAAACGACCCCGACAGAUGAAAAUGCACAUGAUUUACUUACUCAGUCCUAUUCCAUUAUCAACGAAAUAGGCUAAUAAAUAUCCUAAUGCAUGGCUGGCUACUACUGCCUGCAUUUAUUCCAGACACAGAUUUUGAUGAAGAAAGGCUAAUUCGCUUGCGCCAUAUAGCAAAACUUUUUCUCCCGACACUUAUGCCACAUUUGUACAAUCAAAAUAAACUAUCUACAUUUUGUAAUUUUAUUUUCGAAUGAUCUGUCGGUCGGUAAACAUGCCAGGGCGAGAAUAAAUAAUAAUAGCUAAACUUUUUUUUCUACAGAAAACGAGUGCUUCUCAUUGGACAGGUUCAGGUGUUCCCUCAUAGUUUGUCUGUUUUCUUCCGUUUGCUGUGAAUGAAUGAACCCUGCUGUUGCACUCUUCAUCACCGUAGUGUUCUGUGCUCUUGUGCAGGUGAGGAAUAUCCGGUUCUCUGAUUUCGUGGAGUCACUGAAGAAGAUCAAGAGGAGUGUCGGACCACAGACGCUGGGCCUGUAUGUGCGCUGGAACAAGGACUAUGGGGACACCACG